ACCAGAUGAAGCUGCACUUCAUCGUGGAGGGCGUUGCGGGGAAAUAUGCAUUCAAGGGAUCGAAGCGGUGGAAGUGCAAGUACUGCGAGCACCGUUUCAUUGGGACUGCGACGAAACUCACGAAACACUUCCUCGUAAAGUGCAGCCUUGACUAUUGCACUACGGAAAUGUCGGUGGAGGAGAGGGUGAGGAGGGAAGAGGGGAUAAGGCAAGGGAAGUGGCUUGCUCGUGUGCUGACGCACGGAGAGGCACCAGGGUCCGGGCCCAGCAAUUCGCAAACCGUCGCUGAAAACGCCCCUCAGUUUCGUAGCUCGGAGGUGGGUGCAGCGGGCAUCACCGAUGAAACACCCAUGCCUCAAUCGACUACAGGCACAAUUCCUGGAUCGAAGGCAUCGAAGGCAGUUCCAAAGGGACCUUUGCGGCAGACACUGAUCGAGGAGGCCGACAGUGUUAUCACGCACAACGAGCGGACGAGUCGAUUUCUUGACAGGUUUCUAACCUGCACAAACCAGCCGUUCAGUUUGGUGGAGGAUGAGUAUUUCCUGGAGUUCAUUGACGCGGUGAAGAAGGCCCAUCCGACGUGGAUGCCGUGCAGAAGGGAUGAGCAAAGGACGAAACGGCUGGACGCUGACUACGCGCGGGUUGGGGCGGAGGUGCGCUCGAUGAUCCCGAAGUGGAAGAAGUCCGGGUUCGGUACGGUCUUUUGGAAGUCAAUGUGCAUAGAGGGCAAGGUGAAGGAUGUUGAAGCUUACUUUCGUGUCUUGGAUGGGGUCAUCAAAGAGAUCGGAGCGGACGCAGUCGUUGGUGUCGUCAUGGACAACGCAAGGGUGUGCGUAAAGGCAGAGAAGAUGGUGGAGGCCGCCUAUCCGAACAUCUUUCGCGUCGGAUGCACUGCGCAUGCGCUCGAUCUUGCGCUGGAGGACAUGUAUAAGCACAUGCCUUGGAUGGCGGAGGUGGUUAAUGCCGGGAACAAGGUCGGCAAGUUUUUCACGAAUGUGGACAAGGCGACGGCCAUGUUCCACAACUACUCACCGAAGACGAAGUUGAAGCGCCCUGCGGCAACCAGAUUUGCCACCAACUUCACGAUGCUCGAGUCUUUGAAGGAACUGAAGAAUGCACUGGAUCGCUGCGUUUGCGAUGUGGGAUGGGUGGCGAAGAUAGAACGGGCAGAGCAGUUAGUGGCGUUCAACAAGGUGACGGCCAUCAUUCUAGACAAGGGCGAGUUUUGGAGCAACGUCAACAAGGCGAUCGAUGUGAUGCAGCCCGUAGUGGAGCUGCUUCGGCUGGUCGAUGGACAAGGACCGACCAUUUCAAAGGUGUACUUCAAAAUGGAUCGGGUUGUUCAGCUCAUGCGUGCCCUGGAGUGCCUUUCAAGUGACGAGCACGAGGCGGUGGAGCGGAUCCUCAUGGACCGCUGGUCAUUCAUGACCAGCGAGCUGCAUUGCGCUGCWGCCUUCYUGRAUCCUGAGCACCGAAUGCAGAACGCGCAGCGUGACCCGGAGGUUCGCGCAGGAUUCAACAUCUGGCUAUACUCCUGGAUGCCACGAGAUAAGCGCAAGGAAGUGAGCUUCCAGGUUGACYAGUGGGUCAACGCUUUAGGAGGGUUCUCCAAAGAGGAGGCGCGCGAGCAAGCCAGCCAGCAGCCACCAGCUUUGUGGUGGGAGGCGUUUGGAUCCAAACACGACCUCCUUGCACCGCAAGCCAUCAAAUUGCUUGGCCAGGCAAGCUCCUCCGCUGCUUGUGAGCGGAACUGGAGCUUGCAUGAGCUCAUCUACGGGAUAAGGCGCAUGAAGCUCAUGCCGAAGAGGAUGGCCAAGCUCGUGUACAACAGCUGGAAUGUCCGCCUUCUGAAGAGCAUUCGGCGCGGCGGGGGGGAUGAAAUCCACAUCCCAUGGGCGGAUGACGUCCCGGUGGACAAGGAGAUGGAGGACUGGUGCGCAGAUUGGCUGAAGCGUGUCCACGGAGAGGUGGAAGAAGAAGAGGUGGUUGUGGCGGACGUCGAAGACGAGAAAGACGACUUUCCACUGCAGCGCACCUUCCAGCGCAAUGACGAGGUUGACGAGAGGCUGUGUGAGGAGGAGGACUCUGUUCUCGUCGGUACAAGGGAGCGCGAUUGGCACCAGUGCACGAAGCCCGUGAAAUACCGUGAGCGCACAUGGGUGGAGGGUCGGGAGGAGGGACCACGGAGGGGGCACACAAACAAGGGCAAAGAGAAGCCCGGUGACAACGCGCCCGUGCAGCGUGGCAAAAGGAAGGCUGUUGAGCAAGAACAGCCACGACCGAAGAGGGGCCGUCCCACAUUGGCGGAGCAGGCAGAACGCAGGGCACGAAAGGCGGAAGAGAAGGCCGCCAAGGCAGCAGCUGACGCUGCCGCAGCAAAAGCUGCUGCGGCCAAAGACGUUGCGGCCAAAGCCCGAGCGUCGGCGAAAGCCGCCGCGAAGAACGCUGCCGCUGGGAAGACGAAGAGAGUCGCCAUCAUAAAUGAUGACAACGAUGAGGAUAUCCCGAAAGACAUCCGGGGAGACGAAGAGCUCGAAGGCUCAACAUCAACUUCUUCCAGCUCAAGUGACAUAUCUGAUUCCUGUGGGGGGGAGGGAACGGAGGAGAGUGACGAGGAAGAAGACGGUGACGGUGAGGCGCAGCCGGAGGAGAGCGAGGAGGAAGAAGGGGAACAGGCGGCGUAGGGUGCACCCGCUGUGCUGUUUUGGCAGACAAACUCAAGUUACUAAGCAAUUUGAAUGUUGAACUUGUGGAUCUUUUUCAUAUAAGUUUCUAACUUUUUGUCAAGUUUUCUGUUGUCUUUCUCAUUCUUUGCUGUGUGUGGUGCAUCAUCGAUUGUUCAUAGUUUGUUUCCUGUGUUUUUGUGAUGCCAUACCGCCGCUCGAUUGCAUGGAUGCAAUGAAUGCCUGCUGUCGUG